CAGAGGACUCUUUCACCAGUCACCACAAACAAAGAGUUGCCAUUUCCAUAACCUUUAAAGUCAUAGAUUUCAGAUAAAGAUUGAGUUGAAGAUGACUACCAAGAUUUGGAUCAAUCUCAUCAUCUUAUGUUUACUAAAAGCAGCCUCAUCCCUCUCCGGACCCGCAGAGGUGAAGAGUGCAUUUGGUGAAACAGUCCACGUCUCCUGCCAGUAUCACCAGUUCAACAGGGACAAGGUCAAAAUCUGGUGCAGGGGUUAUCACUGGUAUUUCUGCACAGUUAUCAUUUGAUCUGAUCAACCUAAACAUCUGACCAGUGAUGUUCAGAUAUUGGAUGAUAAAAACCUUGGGUUAUUCACAGUCAGUAUGAAAGGAGCAACAGCUGAGGACAGUGGCUGGUACUGGUGUGCAAUUGAAAGAGCCAGCAGAACUUUGACGUUUCGUCUUCGGCUGACUGUCUCCGAGUGGCUUGUAUCUCGGCUCAAAACAGAAACCGCAAAACAGUACAACGAGACCUCAACUUCCCCAACAACGUUGACAACACCACGGUCCACACCUUGUAUGACUCAAACAACAGGUCUCAUAUCUGCUACAAGCAAUUCAACAAGUGUGACAGUGUCCUUGGAUCAAGAUGAUCUGGUGUGGAAAGUAUGGAGAGUACUGCGCUGGAUGCUCUUCCUCUUCCUCUUCCUGUGUCUGCUCCUUGUUCUCUUCAGUAUACGAUGCCAUCGCUGAUAUUUGUACCAUUGCUGCCGAUACAUCGCUUGCCUCAGUGUGUGCUACAUUUUCCCCAAAUCAAAAUGUACCAAAUCAAAAUCGUUGAGAAUAUUGUUUGUUUUAAUUUAUGAAGCUAAAACAUUCAAACAUGCACAUAUAUAUUAAUAAUAAGCAAAUACAUUGAGGUCAUAACAUGUUCCGAGAGAUAUGAAUGUGUAGAGAAACAAUACUAAAGAUGUUGGAUCUUAAUUUGAACCAGUUUGCAGGAAAAUAAUCCUGCAGCAACAGAAAAUGUGAAUUAUUAUGUGGAUUUGUCACGUUCUGACCUUAG